AAGAAGGACUUGAUCGGGCUUGACCUACCGCAUAAUGACGCGCUAGUCAUCUGCAUUCAAAUUGAACAAGCUGUGAUCGAGCGAAUUCAUGUGGAUGAGGGCAGCGCAGCUAACAUCCUGCAACUAUCUGUCAUCCAACAGAUGGGAUUGGAGCCCAAGAUUAGCAAACUUGCCAGGUCGCUUACCGGCUUCAAUGGGGCCACAUCAAUCACUGUUGGAACGAUCGACCUUGACGUCCACUCACCCCUAGUGCUCUGCUCGCAAACCUUCAUGGUCAUCAACGAGAUCUCCCCCUACAAUGGAAUCUUGGGCCGACCGUGGAUCAGCAAGAUCGAGGCCAUCACAUCUGCUCUACACCAGAAGAUUCGAUAUCCCAUCCCUGGAGGCGGAAUCGGGCAGAUCAAUAGUGACCAAGCCAUGGCAAGAAGAUGCACAGCCCAAGGGCUCAAGAAGAGCAAGCAGUUGCAGUUCACACCAGUAAUGCAAGCUGCUAACGAGGCACGAAGCGUUCCCAGCAAACAAGCAAGCUCGAGCGAGAAGAGAGUUGUUACCCCACAAUAG